AUGGGCGGCAUGGUCGAUUGGGCAGCGCGUCCCACAUAUCCCUUGGAACAGCUCAGACGCUACUUCGACCGGAUCGGGCUCCCCGAAAAUUAUCGAGAAGCUUUGCAAGAUGUAGCGAUCCUCCAUGGCCAGUCUGCAUUAGCUUUGCUGAAGAUGCUGCAACGAUACCAACUAGCAGCUGUCCCUUUCGAAAACCUGAACCUCCACUAUGCUGUUCAUCGGAGUAUUUCCAUUGAUCCUUACAAGGUGUUUGAGAAAAUUGUUGAUUCUAAGUCUCGUCGUGGGGGCUAUUGCAUGGAGAACAGUCUCUUGUUUGGCACCGUCCUACGAAGUCUGGGAUACGAUGUGACCACCGUAGGGGGGCGAGUCAACGAAGCUGCGCAGCCCAUGUCUGCCUCGAAGAAUUGGAGAGGACCCAAGUAUGACGGAUGGAAUCACAUGGUCAACAUCGUAACUAUCGAUGAACAAAAGUACCUUGUAGACGUUGGAUUUGGCUCCAAUGGGCCACACCAGCCCAUCCCACUGGUCCAGGAUUAUGAGUUCCACAACGUUGGUGAACAGUCGGGCCGGCUAGUCAACGGACCUAUCGCUCAACACACUAGCAGGAGCCAAUCUCUGUGGCAGUACGAAUUUCGCAACGGGGACAGUCAUUGGAUUCCGGCUUACUGCUUCACCGAGAUGGAGUUCCUUCCAGAGGACUUCACUAUGAUCAACUACUACAUGAGUACCAGCCGGGAAAGCUGGUUCACAUAUCAUGUUGUCUGCGUGCGGAUGUUACUCAACGAAGAUGGUGACAAGAUUGUGGGCGAUGUGACCCUGUUCAACGACACGCUUAAAGAGCGCCUGGGAGCGACAUCCAAGGAGCUAGAGAAAUUUGCGUCGGAUGAGCAGCGCGUGCUAGCGCUAGAGAGAGUAUUCGAGAUUCAUAUCUCCGAGGCCGAUCGGGAGAGUAUUCGCCAUACAAUAUCGGAAAUCCUCUAGAGAACGGCGCAGCCGGAGAAUGGACAUCCGGAAAAGGCUGUAGGAAGACAAAUCAGCGCACUGAUAGGUAUUUGUUGAUUAAAUAUCAUCUGGACAUUUGAGUUAAUU